GAUGCCAAAUUAGCAUUGCUGCAAGCCGCAGCUCUCGGCAUCCCCGUCCCAAUCAUCAAAAAGGUCAUCCCUUGCGAGACAGGGUUUGAGCUCAUCCAAACAAGGAUUCAUGGCCAAGAUCUCAUGGACGUCUGGCCUAGCAUCGGGCUGUUCCAAACUAUCCAUAUCGCCUUGCAGCUUCGAUGGAUAGUUCGGCGCAUGCGAAGCGUGACUCGGUCGACAGCUGGGUCGCUUGGAACAGGGAUUUGCCGUUCAUUUUUCCUCGACAACGACGCCUACGGCAUCCCCAACCACGCUUCGCCGACUAUGACAUCCUAUAUCGUGAAUUUCUGGCACAACCACAAGUCUUUCCGCAAAGAAGCCAGCAAGACAGCGGAGGAACAUAGAGAGUCCUGCCCAGAGCCGACAACGCCUGAAGAACUGGCCUUCACCCAUCACGACCUCGUGCCUCGCAACAUCAUGAUCGAGAAUAAGACAGAGAAGCUGUGGGUGGUGGACUGGGACUUUGCGGGAUUCUACCCGCCGUGCUUUGAACAUGCCGCGAUGCACAACUUCAUUCUUCCGCCCGAGUGGCCCUGGUUCGCCCGUUGGAGGUGGAGAGUGGUGGUGUGGAUCACGACGGGCUUACACAGGGGGAAGCUCGCCAUGUUGGAGCGGAUGCGCUCCAGGUCGAUUCGGUUUCCUGCCUCUCGGCGCUUUAACAUCAAGGCGGGCGCUACAGAAUGCACCAAGGAGGUGAAAAAUUAA